AUUUUGUGUGGGAAAUGUGGGUGGGAAUGCUUAGAAUUGCAUUGACUGUACCAAAACAGCCGUCGUAUCCUGCCUUCAAAUCUGUGCUUCUACAUGCAGUUCUGCGCUGAACUGAUCUGAGGGCGGGAUUACCUUCUUGCAACAUGGUGUUUUUGUACGAGGGAUAUUUUUGAGGCUGUAAUGCAAACUGGCUUCAGCAUCCCCAUCUAUAAUACUGCAAGUUAAAAAAGGAGGCUGCAUCUUUCCAGGUUACGGGGGGAAAAAAGAGUCCCCACCUUAGAUCUCCUCUCAGCCCAAAUCCAGCACUGAACUGCGUGCAGAAGUCUUGUGCUUCAACAAGCUGCAUACGAGUGCAUUGCUCACUUUAAAAUGGUUAAUAACUUUUUUUAAAAAUGGCAAGACGAGCUCUAAAAAGAAAAUAAAUCCUUUGUAGAGGGCUUGCUGUUGCCCAGUUACAGGGGACGGGGAAUCUCGAGUUUCUCCAGCUUUUUGUCCCCCUUGUGACGCUCGAAGCAAGCAAACAAAAAAGUUAGCCCAGAAGUGAGACGCUACGCACGAGUCUACUAUUACACAUCUAUGGCAGCAGCCGGUUGAGAGCGGAGUGCACCAUGGUUUUCAGAAGAGAGUGCUGUCUUUAACUACAGAAGAACAAGGAUUUCUUUGGGUUAUUCUGGAGUGAAAUUUGUUACCCAACAAGAGAAGUAAACCCUUUUAAAAGAUAGGCAGUUAUAGUAGAAUUCUGAAACAAACGACUGGAUUAGCUUCAUUGGCUUUCCUGCUUCUUUUGCAUCCCAAAGCAUAAACUUAAAUCGUCUCAGAAGGACAAGGUCCGCCAGUUUAUGGCAGUUACCCAGGCUGGUGAAAGGACUGCUAUAUACUGUUUAAUGCAGAAUGAGUGGAAACUAGAAGUGGCAACAGACAACUACUUCCAGAACCCAGACUUGUACUACAAAGAAUCCAUGAAAAUUUCAAUAGACAGAAAGAAAUUAGAACAAUUGUAUAACAGGUACAAAGAUCCGCAAGAUGAGAAUAAAAUUGGCAUUGAUGGGAUUCAACAGUUUUGUGAUGAUUUAAGCUUGGACCCUGCUAGUAUCAGUGUUUUGGUCAUAGCAUGGAAAUUUAGGGCAGCCACGCAGUGUGAAUUCAGCAAAAAAGAAUUUGUAGAUGGCAUGACAGAACUGGGGUGUGAUACUACGGACAAGCUAAAAACACUUUUGCCAAGGCUGGAACAAGAAUUAAAGGAUCCAAUGAAGUUUAAAGAUUUUUAUCAGUUUACCUUUAACUUUGCUAAGAACCCUGGACAAAAAGGUUUAGAUCUAGAAAUGGCAAUCGCAUAUUGGAAUUUAGUUUUAUCAGGGAGAUUUAAAUUUCUAGAUCUUUGGAAUAAAUUUUUAUUGGAGCAUCAUAAAAGAUCAAUCCCCAAAGAUACUUGGAAUCUUCUUUUAGACUUUGGAAAUAUGAUUGCAGAUGAUAUGUCAAACUACGAUGAAGAAGGAGCAUGGCCAGUUCUAAUAGACGAUUUUGUGGAAUACGCACGACCAGUAGUCACAGGAGGAAAACGUAAAGCUUCCUAACCAUAGACUCUUCUCAGUGGACUUAAUAAGUUUGCAGUCUGAACUGCAUCAGGUAAUGAAGACAUUUUGGCCAAUAACUGUGCGCACUGUCACUGGUUUCGAUAGUCGUGGUGGGAUGCCACUGACGAAACAGGAAUCAUUACUUCUGCUUCAAGAAAAUGAUGGCUGACUCAUGGACACUGCAAGAAGAAAUUCAGAAGAUAGCCCAGGCUGUUUGUAGGAUAUUGGCUUCAAUUAUUGUACUGGUUGUAUCAUAUAGGAUGUAGAUUUUGCAUGAUUUUAUACUUUGGAGAAGUUUAACUAGAGGCCAUUUUAGUAAAAGUUUUGACAGCACAGCAUGCCAUUCAGUUCAUGAACACCAGCAGUUACAUAAUUACAACUGUAUUAUAUUGUACUUAUAUUAAAAAGCAGUAUUUGUGGUAUAUAAAUUAAAUCCCUAAAUAAAGUAUGUGGUAUGUGGUAUUUUUAUAUGAAGUUAAAGCUGAUGAAAGAAUGCAGUGAAAUGUUUAUUGACACAUCUCUUCAGCAUGGUGCCAAGAUUCUAAAUUUAUGGAAAGGCCAAGCUGAACCAUUUUUUUAAAAAGCUUGAUUUCCUCAUUCCACACUGACCUUAUGGGAUUUUGUUUGUACUUGAUCAAUAACGAGGCAACCAAGUAUCUGUAUUGUGGCUGCUAAUAUUUUGAAUGUAGAGGAAACAUUCAAGAAUCAUUUGAUAUUUCAUGAUUGCCUAUUGAAUUUUCUAAGUAUAUUAUGUAUACGAUCUGGCUCAAGACCAUUUUAAGUUCCUCUGAUAUUAGUGGAAGCAAGGCAUACACAUGCUUAAUUCUCCCACUGAAAUCAAAGUCACUUAAAAAGUGCUUAAGUUCAUUUGAUUAUGUUGUUAUAUAUGCAGCAGUCUGAUAGUGAUUUCCAAAUCAUGGCCAAGAACUCAAGGUGAAUUGAUUGUCAACUCAUAGAUUAAGGACGGAAAAAUGCAUUGCGCCUUGACCUAAGGUGGGUUCCACAAAUGGUACCAGCAUCAUUUUAUAUUUUUUAAACAAUAUAGAUGCAAAGGAAGACAGGACUGUUGUGCCUCCUAUGUAGAAGGAGUGAUUUCAGCAGACAUAUCUUUCUCAGCCUGCAUGAUUUCCCUUCUUGAAUUUCCUCUUCUGUAUGACAGCUGAAGUUGCAGGAGCCCAUCUCUUCAUUGUAACUUGUUAUCCUAGAAAGAAUCAGAGGAAGGUGAACGUUUGCAAUAAAUAAAGUAAAUAAAUUAAA